AGUGGGUGCCUGAUCCUGAGCUUGCCAGUGACUCGCCUUUAUGGGGCUUCUGCAAGAGGGAGGGAAGAUGCUGCGAUUUGGGGGGCCGGCGGCGAGGCUGCUGGUGCGGAGCAGCAACGGGGUUGCGACACCCCAGAAAGGUUUUGCAGCCACUGCUCCUGUAAGUUCGUACGACGUCAGGAGAGUCGAAAUAACCCCGCUGGAGCAACGGAAGCUCACUUUUGACACCCAUAGCCUAGUGCGAGAUCUGGAAACACACGGCUUUGCGAAAGAACAGGCCCAAACCGUUGUGUCAGCAUUAAUGGCCCUGUCUGGUGUCAGCUUGGAUACUGUCUACAAGGAUAUGGUAACCCAAGCGCAACAGGAAAUAACUUUGCAGCAGAUAAUGGCUCAUUUGGACUCCAUUCGGAAAGAUAUGGUCAUCCUGGAGAAGAGUGAAUUUGCAAACCUGAGAGCAGAAAACGAGAAAAUGAAAAUCGAGUUGGAUCAAGUUAAACAGCAACUUAUGAAUGAAACCAGCAGAAUACGAGCUGAUAACAAGCUGGACAUAAACUUGGAAAGAAGCCGAGUGACGGACAUGUUCACAGAUCAAGAGAAAAAACUCAUGGAAGCCACGACAGAGUUCCAUAAAAAAGAUUCGAGCACCAACAAAGCUGUCACAGAAGUUAGCAAUAAAAUUGAUGCUGAAAUCGCAGGCCUGAAAACACUCAUGGAAUCGAACAAGCUCGACACGAUACGUUAUUUGGCAGCCUCUGUUUUCACUUGUCUUGCAAUCGCGCUGGGAUUUUAUCGAUUCUGGAAAUAAAAGAAAGUCACAGGAAUAAGAACGUCACGAGCCCUUCUCGAUCUCGCCUCCUGCGUGUUUGGAUUUGCCCUCUGGCAAACUCUUUCAGAGCCUUUUAUGUCGGUAUGGAUUUUCACCUUCAGUACCAAAGGGGAUGUUGUCAGCAAAGCCAUCGGACCUAGCCCACAGGUUCUCAGUUCAUAUCGCUGGGAAUUCUUGCAUACUAGAGGUCCAAAACACAAGAGGCUUCUUCAACAAGUAGAAGGUUUCAGCCAUCAUCAUUUAUUCCACAUUUGUGUCUGGAUUUCUUUGGCUUUUUCUCCUCCAACAGCUUCCUCAACCCAAUAUUGAACACCCAAGGUGUUAUUUUUGGCCCCUUUGUGUUGAUUUGCAAUUCAGCUGCAAGACAUGAUCCAAUGCCCCCCACACACACACACACACCAAAUAUGUGUGCAUGGACUCCUGUGUACACACAAAACACUGCAAAAAAUCGCACUCUGUCUGAGAUGAGGAACAUUGCAGUGGAGCAUGUUCAGAGAAGGCAUUUUUCUUUCGAAGGGUAACAAAAGAGAAUGUAUUCCAGACGUCAGAAUAGCCUUUAUCAGCCUUUCUUAUAAUAAUAAUAAUAAUUUAUUCGAUUUCUAGCUGCCCUCCCCACAAGCAGGCUCAGGGUGGGUUACAACAAUGAAGCAAUACAAAAAGUAAACCAUUUAGAUACAUUAAAAACCAGAGUCAACAAUAAAUACAUUUAAAGUCCCAAGAUUGCGGCUCCCCCCCACUCAUCUCAGCCAGAUAUAAGCAAGGGGGGAGGCAGUACGAAUUGAUGUCAUACUGUGACUUUGCAUGUUGGGGGGGCAGAUGUUAUGUAGCCCCCCUUUAGUCCACAUUAUAAUCUCUCUCACUUUGCAUUGCCUGCUCUGGCUGGCAGUUGCAGACCAAGAUCUUGCCCAACCCCUCUUGAGCUCCUGUAGCUGGAGAUGUCCCUCUUUUAGCCAAAAGAUCACAUUUAGAUGAGGCUUAGAUGCAGCUGACAAUUCCCAUUGCAGAUCAGAAUUUUCACAUCAGGUGGCAUUGAAGAUGCCACGGUUCAGCCCUCUGCUCCCCACCAAUCCAGUGCGAGGAACGGCAGAACAAGCGAACUCACUUGUAGCCUCCUGGCCGUAUCGGGGCCUUUGCCUUUUGUUCUGGAACGGUCAAAUCUGUGGAUCCUUAACCCAUGAGUUCCACGAUGCAUAUCUGCAAGCGGUUUCUUGGAGUGAUCUCCAGUAACAUUUUGCACACUCCGUUUUGCAAAACAUUUCGAAAACCCCAAGAGUGCCUUCUAGGGUUUCUUGUGGCUUCUUUAUAUUCUCCCUCCCAUUUGGAUCUUUCACACACACACACACACAAACUUUUUUUUUUUGCAUGCAACCUUGUUGUGUAAUCUCUCAGCAGCUAACCUACAUGACCUGUGCACUGCCAGAGCUACGAAUCCCUCGGAAAACUUAAUUAUCCUCUGCCUUCUUGUAUCAAAACGUGCUUUGUUCUGGAGGAGGUCUACAAGUGCCUUUUGCGUAGAGCUCUCGUUUCCUGCUGGAAGAGCAACGUUGUAAUCCUGUGCAAGCCUGACUCGAGAGUAAACAUAUUUAUGUGUAAAUUCUA